AUGAAUCGACGAAAAACUAAAGAAAGUCGGACCAAAAUUGCUGCUGUGAGCGCCGGACCACGUAGAUCAGGAACCACCUGCAGGAAGUUUUGUUGGAAGGAAAUCAAAUAUGUAUGUUCUACCGAAAACGUUUGCUAUGACAACGAGUGUUUGCUGAUAUGUGAUUAUGGAUGCCGUUGCCCUACGUAUCCGCCACCAACCACAGGGCGAUGUAAAUGCGUUCCAGGUGACGUUGGAUGCCGCUGCCGUACGCGUACGCCACAUUCAACCUUGCCUCCGACAUACAAACCACCUACCAUAGGACGAUGUUCAUGCGUUCCAGGUGAUUAUGGAUGCCGUUGCCCUACGUAUCCACCACCAACUACUGGGCGAUGUAAAUGCGUUCCAGGUGAUGAUAGAUGCCGCUGCCCUACGCGUACGCCGCCUUCAACCUUGCCACCGGCGGACAAACCACCAACCAUAGGACGAUGUACAUGCGUUCCAGGUGAUUAUGGAUGUCUUUGCCCUACGUAUCCACCACCAACCACUGGGCGAUGUAAAUGCGUUCCAGGUGACGUUGGAUGCCGCUGCCCUACGCGUACGCCACCUUCCACCUUGCCUCCGACCGACAAGCCACCAACCACAGGGCGAUGUACAUGCAUUCCAGGUGAUUAUGGAUGCCGUUGCCCUACGUAUCCACCACCAACCACAGGGCGAUGUAAAUGCGUUCCAGGUGACGUUGGAUGCCGCUGCCCUACGCGUACGCCGCCUUCAACUUUGCCUCCGACAUACAAGCCACCAACCACAGGGCGAUGUACAUGCAUUCCAGGUGAUUAUGGAUGCCGUUGCCUUACGUAUCCAUCACCAAUCACAGGGCGAUGUAAAUGCGUUCCAGGUGACUUUGGAUGCCGCUGCUCUACGCGUACGCCACCUUCAACCUUGCCUCCGACCGACAAGCCACCAACCACAGGGCGAUGUACGUGCAUUCCAGGUGAUUAUGGAUGCCGUUGUCCUACGUAUCCACCACCAACCACAGGGCGAUGUAAAUGCGUUCCAGGUGACGUUGGAUGCCGCUGCUCUACGCGUACGCCGCCUUCCACCUUGCCUCCAACCGACAAGCCACCAACCACAGGGCGAUGUACAUGCUUUCGAGGUGAUUACAGAUGUCAUUGCCCUACGUAUCCACCACCAACCACAGGGCGAUGUAAAUGCGUUCCAGGUGAUGUUAGAUGCCGCUGCCCUACGCGUACGCCGCCUUCAACCUUGCCACCGGCGGACAAGCCACCAACUACAGGGCGAUGUACAUGCAUUCCAGGUGAUUAUGGAUGCCGUUGUCCUACGCGUCCGCCACCAAUCGCAGGGCGAUGUAAAUGCGUUCCAGGUGAUGUUAGAUGCCGCUGCCCUACGCGUACGCCUACUUCAACCUUGCCUCCGACCAAAAAGCCACCAACCACAGGGCGAUGUACAUGCAUUCCAGGUGAUUAUGGAUGCCGUUGCGGUACAUAUCCGCCACCAACCACAGGGCGAUGUAAAUGCGUUCCAGGUGAUGUUAGAUGCCGCUGCCCUACGCGCACACCACCUUCAACCUUGCCUUCGACAUACAAGCCACCACUCACAGGGCGAUGUAAAUGCGUUCCAGGUGAUGUUAGAUGCCGCUGCCCUACGCGUACGCCUACUUCAACCUUGCCUCCGACCAAAAAGCCACCAACCACAGGGCGAUGUACAUGCAUUCCAGGUGAUUAUGGAUGCCGUUGCCCUACGUAUCCACCACCAACUACAGGGCGAUGUAAAUGCGUUCCAGGUGACGUUGGAUGCCACUGCCCUACGCGUACGCCACCUUCAACUUUGCCUCCGACCGACAAGCCACCAACCGGAGGACGAUGUACAUGCAUUCCAGGUGAUUAUAGAUGUCGUUGCCCUACACGUCCGCCAUCUUCAACCUUGCCUCCGACCUUCCAGCCACCACCCAAAAGAGACUGUAACUGCAGACCAGGCGACGAGCGAUGCCUUUGCAAAAAGACUCCAUCAGAUGACCACUCGCCUCCAAGCAAUGAGCCUCCACCCAAAAGUGACUGUAACUGUACCCCAGGCGACGAGCGAUGCCUUUGCAAAAAGACUCCAUCAGAUGACCACUCGCCUCCGAGCACUGAGCCACCACAUAACAGAGAAUGUAACUGUAGCCCAGGUGAUGAGCAAUGCCUUUGCAAAAAACCUCCAUCAGAUGACCACUCGCCUCCGAGCACUGAGCCACCACCCAACAGAGAAUGUAACUGUAGCCCAGGUGAUGCCCAAUGCCUUUGCAAAAAGACUCCAUCCGAUGACCACUCGCCUCCGAGCACGAAGCCACCACCUAACAGAGACUGUAACUGUAGACCAGGCCAUGAGCGAUGCCUUUGCAAAAAAACACCAUCAGAUGACCUCUCGCCUCCGAAACAUGAGCCACCACCCACCAGUGGCUGUAACUGUAGCCCAGGCGAUGUGCAAUGCCUUUGCAAAAAGACUCCAUCAGAUGACCUUUCGCCUCCAAACAAUGAGCCUCCACCCAAAAGUGACUGUAACUGUAGCCCAGGCGAUGAGCAAUGCCUUUGCAACAAGCCUCCUCCACAGUACUUCUGGCCUAUAUAUCCAAACAGCGAGCCACUAGAACAAAAUAACUGUAGCUGCAGUUCAGACAAAGAAUAUGUCUGCACAGACGAUGGAGAAACCUACGAUAACGAGUGCAAAGCAAACUGCGACGGAAAAUACAAGAAGUGUGACGGCCAAUGCCCAUGCUCGUAG